AUGCCUACUUCACUAAAUCAACGAUCAGUACCUAAAUCAUUAUCAUGGAGUUUAACAAUUGAUUCAACUAUUGUUGUUGUCAAUGGUUCGAUGACAAUUGGAUCGGUUAUGGUUCAACUUGUUAAUCGUCUUGAUAUAUCUCAAGAUUUUUCUGAUUAUGCACUUUGGUGGCCAAAAGCAAAUAUUUGGUUAAUCAAUACGAAAUGGACACUUGAUCAAUAUGGUGUACAAUCGGAUGCUCAACUUAAUUUUACAAGCAUGCAUAAGACUAUUCGUUUACAAUUACCCGAUUUACGUAUUUUAUCAAUAAAUGCAGAUUUUUCAGUGUCAGUUUUUGCUGCUGUUUGUAAACUUUGUAAAGAUCUUGGAAUUCGUCAUGCUGAAGAAUUAUCACUUGUACGUUCAUCUCGUAUACAAAAUAUGAAUGGAAUUCAUGAACGUCGUACAUCACCUCGUCGUCGACGACAUAAUAUCGGUACACUUAAUCGACAUAAUUCUAUGGGUGAUUCAUUAGCAAAUAAUACAUCAACUUUAUCAACAUUAUUUUCUCCAACAACACCAAAACUUCGAUCAACUGCAGCAAUCGAUAGAAUAGAUUCAUCAAUAAAUAAUCAUCAUCAACGUUCAGUAACAAAUCUAUCGAAAUCAUUGAAUAAUUUAGAGUUAAAUGGUGAUGAAAAUCUUGCUCAAACACCAAUAACUCCAAUAAAAAAUAUUUUACCACAAUUAAUACGACCGAUAAAUAUUAUUGAAAAAUCUCUAUUAAAUAGUUUAUGGUAUGAUUCAUCACGAUCAAUCAUGGAACAAAAUACAGUUGAAAAUGAUUUAGUUUUAUUACGUUUUAAAUAUUUUACAUUUUAUGAUCUUAAUCCGAAAUUUGAUGCAAUAAGAUUAAAUCAAUUAUAUGAACAAGCCAAAUGGUCAAUUUUAAGUGAAGAUAUUGACUGUACAGAUGAAGAAAUGAUGACUUUUGCUGCAUUACAAUUACAAAUUCAAAUUCAUUCAUCUCAAGUUUCAUCCACAUCAACAUUUAUGUGUUCAAAUGAUGAUAUUGGUCAUGAAUAUGAUAAUGGAAAUGAUUAUGAUAUUGAUCGUGCACUUGAACGUUUACAAGAUUCACUUUUAGGAACAAAAACAACGAAAAAUAAAUCAACAAAUUCAUUAAUACAUCAAUUUUCAUUAAAUGAUGAAUUAAGUGAUUAUUUACGUCUUUUUAAACCACGUCGAUUUACAUUAAAAACUUUUAAACGUUAUUGGUUUGUUAUACGAGAUACACAAUUAACUUAUUAUACAAAUGAAUGUCAACAACGUAGUGUACCUAUUGAAAAAAUACCAUUGAAAGGUUGUGAAAUACUUCCGGAUGUGAAUAUUUCAUCAAAAAAAUAUGCUAUUCGUUUAUUGAUACCAUCAAUUGAUGGAAUGAAUGAAACAAUAAUUCGUUGUUCAACUGUAGAACAAUAUGCAAAAUGGAUGGCUGCUUUUCGUCUUGCAUCAAAAGGUCGAUCAAUAAGUGAACCAUCUUAUGAAACUGAACGUGAAUCAAUAUUAGCUUUACUUCAUAUGCAACGACCAUCAUCAUCAUCAUCAUCGAUAACAAAUCAUCAAAAAAUUAAAUUUGAUAUACAACCAGAAAAUUUCGUAUCAACAAAAUUCGUUAAAAAAUAUAAAACAAAACAGUUGACUGAACGUAUCCUUGAAGCACAUGCAACUGUUAGUAAUUUAGAUUGUAUAGAAGCUAAAUUACGUUAUAUCAAAGUUUGGCAAGCUUUACCUGAAUUUGGUAUAACAACAUUUGUUGUUAAAUUUAAAGAAUCAAAUAAAAAAGAAGAAUUACUUGGUAUUGCAUCAAAUCGUCUUUUACGUAUGACAAUGACAGGUGAUAUAUUAAAAACAUGGUGGAUAUCACGAAUGCGUUCAUGGAAUGUUAAUUGGGAAAAUAAAUUAGUUACAAUUGAAUUUGAUGGUGAAACAAUACAUUUUUUACCAUUAUAUGGUAUUGAGAGUAAAUGUAUACAUGAAUUUAUUGGUGCAUAUAUCUUUUUGGCUAUGCGAUCAACAGCAACAAUGUCUGAUAAUAAUGAUUUACUUCAACAGGAAACUCUUUUUCAAAGACUUACAGCUGCUUAUAUGUAA